CAAUGCACCUCUUUCCUUUUCAUCCAAAGUUUGUUACAUAAAGUAUCGAGAGCCUUCCAGUGUUGGUGUGGCACAACAUUUAACCAACACUGUUUUUAUUGACAGAGCUUUGAUUGUUGUGCCCUGCGCUGAAGAUAUGUAUGAUAACCAAGAGUCUGUGUGCUGAGGUAUCACUGCUAUCAGCUCUGUUUUAUUUUGUGAGUUCAGUGGAGGUGGGUGGAGUGACACCAGCUCUCUUGUUUAUCAGUUGAGCUGGAGGAUGUGGAAAUGAUGGAGAUGACUAGAGUGACCCAGGCUACACUACUACACUAGCCUGACUCAAGGCUUUGUUUUCCAAGCCACUAUACCCGCCGGGGCCCACGCUGCCUUCAAGGGGGGAAUGUGACCAGGAGCGUAGCUGCUGAACCUUCCGAGAUGGACACCUUGUCUCUUUUUAUUUUCUUUUCUUUUAUUUUCAUUUCCUUUUUUUUGUUUCUCUCACAUGUUGUCCCUUUUUGCCUCUUAGAAGAGUUGCAUAUUCAUUGUGUUGUUUUUCUUUUUUAUUUGUUUUUGUUUUCCUGUCCCCUUGUCCCUCGUUCCCAAUCCCACAGUUGCACCCCUAUGCCUGUCUUUGAAUGCUGUCCGGGUUGACUUGCCACCCAGUAUUGGAGGGAAGUUUGAACGGAAAAAUCCCUGAAGAGGCAAAGGCACUCUCACUUUUGGCUCCCGCCGCGCCAGUGACCAGCCUGAUGAGCGGAGGAGGACUUCUGCCCAUUCCCAGCCCCGCUACACUACAGAAUCGAGGUCUUCCUUUAGCUAAUCUGGGGGUCCUGAAGUCUAGUUUGGACACAUCUGUUGCAGCACUAAAUGCAAUUGCUUCGCAGCCUCCGCUCAUGGGAAAUGUAGAUCCCUCUAAAAUUGAUGAGAUUAGGAGGACAGUGUAUGUCGGCAAUUUAAAUUCACAGAGCACCACAGCAGAGCAGCUCCUCAAGUUCUUCAAGCAGGUGGGAGAUGUUAAGUUUGUAAGAAUGGCAGGAGAUGAAACACAACCUACACGUUUUGCUUUUGUGGAGUUUGCUGAUCAGGAAUCAGUGGCACGAGCGCUCACAUUUAACGGAGUCAUGUUUGGUGACAGACCACUAAAGAUUAACCACUCCAAUAAUGCCAUAGUGAAGCCUCCAGAACUCACACCUCAAGCUGCGGCCAAAGAGCUGGAGGACGUGAUGAAGAAAGUCAGAGAGGCUCAGUCAACCAUCGCUGCUGCUAUCGAGCCAGAGAAUAAAAAUUCAUCCAGCGGAUCAAGACGUUCCAGAAGGUCCAGAUCUCGCUCUCGCUCCCCAUCACACUCACGAAGAAAGCGAUCUAGAUCCAGGCACAGGGGACGCCCGUCCCAGAGAUCGCGGCAGAAGGUGAACGACUCCCAUGGGUCGCAUAGGAGGCGCUCACGUUCCCGAGAAAAGAAACACAGCCGGAGUCGAUCUCAUUCUAGGGACCGAAGGAAGGACAAGGACAGCAAAGUAAGGAAGGACGAUGACUGGGAAGAAAAGAGGCCACGGGACAAAAAGGGAAGGACGUCUCCCAAAGGCUACAGUGGCUCUAGACGUUCCUGCAGCAUAAGCAGAGGCCAUAAGAAAAGAAGCAGAUCUCGAUCCAGGUCACCAAAGCGGAGAGCAAGGUCACCAUCACCGUCUAAAAGAGGCAAGAAAGAUAGAAAGAGGGAUAAAGGACGGGACAUCAGCAGGGAAAGGACAGAGAGCUCAACGUCCAGAAGGAAAAGCAGGGAUUAUGAACAUAAAGCUAAACCAUUACUGAUGGAGAGGGGCUACGAGCAGGCGGACCACGAGUAUGACAGUGACAUGGAUGGGUCGGGCUCUGUGGGUACUGACGACAGAUCUCCUCAAGUUCAUCUUAACGGCAGCUACGGAAGCACUUACGCCGAGGAGGAUGAUCUCUCUGCAGCUGAGUGAAUUACAUGUACCC